UUCAUUAGCGAUGCAAAUGACAGAUCAGAACAGCUUUCGUGAGCGAGCAUAGUAGAAGGGUCGAGUCCGAUCAGCUUUCGAAUAAGCAACCAUUUCGGGGAGAACCACAGACCAAUUAGACUCCACUUUCGUCCAAAUUCCUCUGUCUCUCUUUCUCUUUGUCUAUAUAUAUAUAUAUAUAGGUAGAUACGUACUCAGACGCACGCAGGCUUCUUCUCGCUCGUGAUAGAUCGAUCGAAUUCCGAAUCAGAGGAUGCCAUCCCGUAGAAGAACCCUUUUGAAGGUCAUCAUCCUCGGCGACAGCGGGGUGGGGAAGACCUCUUUGAUGAAUCAAUAUGUAAAUAAAAAGUUUAGCAAUCAGUACAAGGCUACUAUUGGGGCGGAUUUUUUGACCAAGGAAGUGCAGUUUGAGGACAGACUUUUCACCUUGCAGAUAUGGGAUACAGCUGGCCAGGAAAGAUUCCAGAGCUUAGGUGUAGCUUUCUACCGUGGUGCUGAUUGCUGUGUUCUUGUAUAUGAUGUUAAUUCAAUGAAAUCAUUUGACAACCUUAACAACUGGAGGGAAGAAUUUCUUAUUCAGGCAAGUCCAUCAGAUCCUGAUAACUUUCCAUUCGUGGUUCUUGGGAACAAGAUUGACGUGGAUGGUGGAAACAGUCGAGUGGUUUCAGAAAAGAAGGCCCGAGCAUGGUGCGCCUCGAAAGGAAAUAUCCCAUAUUUUGAGACCUCUGCCAAGGAAGGCAUUAAUGUGGAAGAAGCUUUCCAGUGCAUAGCAAAGAAUGCCCUCAAGAGUGGGGAAGAGGAAGAGAUAUACUUGCCCGACACCAUCGAUGUUGCAACCAACAGCCAGCCAAGAUCAACUGGAUGUGAGUGUUAAAUAGAUUGCCGGAAUCAUUUCAGUGGCAAUAAUUUCUCCACAAGUGUUACAAUAGUCUGGGUUUUGUUCCGAAUUCAUGGAUUGCCUUCGUAGUCGUAUUUUUAUGGAUGUGUAUGGGGCCUACAUUGUACAUUUAUGUUUUGUGUGGAAACAAAUUGGUCUGUCGGUCUACAUUUUAGUUUUUGCUGAGCACUCUCUCGCUCUCUCUCUCUCGUAUUGUUGACAUAAGUCUUUUGAUUUUAUUAUAAUGAUUAUUUCUUUCAAUUAGUGCAA